AUGGCGGUGCAGACAGUACUGUAGCUUGAUGGCUGCGGGGCAGCAGUGUGGAUGUAAGGGGAUCAGAACAUGUCUGAUCUGUGAGAGAGAUCAGAAACAACAUCUAGUGAAUAAUAAGAAAAACGAGUCGAUCCAUUAUGAUUUCAUCUACGAUCCGGACUCACAGCGGGCAGUACCAGUUGAAGGUGGUGAUCAGGAGGCUUUUCCAUUCCCCGGUGUGUUUGUGUGGGAGAACUUUGUAUCAGACGAUGAGGAGAGAGAGCUGGUUAGUAGAAUGGACCAGGAUGAGUGGAGGGAGUCUCAAUCAGGUCGUCGCAAACAGGACUUUGGACCCAAGGUGAACUUCAAAAAGCAGCGCAUCCGCCUUGGAGACUUCACCGGCCUCCCUUUCAUCAGUUCUGUACUAGUGGACAGGAUGAGCAAGGAUCCUCUGUUGGCUGGAUUUCACCCUGUAGAGCAGUGCAACCUGGAGUACACACCCGAACGAGGCUCGGCCAUCGACCCCCACCUGGACGACAGCUGGCUGUGGGGCGAGCGCUUAGUCACGCUCAAUCUGCUCUCCGACACCGUGGUCACUAUGAGUCUGGACCAGGGCUGGGGGAACAUGGACGACGGGGAGGUCAGGGUGGACGUGAACCUGCCCCGCAGGGCUUUGAUCCUGCUACACGGAGAGGCCCGCCACCGGUGGAAACACGCAAUUCACCGGGAACACGUUCAGAGACGGAGGGUGUGCAGCACUUUUAGAGAGCUGAGUUCUGACUUUCUGUGUGGUGGGGAGAAUGAGAAAGUCGGAUCUGAGCUUCUGGACGUUGCGUUAAGCUAUAAAGGCGUUCCUGUGUGAACAUCAUCUAUCGUUAUUAAAAAGUGUGUCAUUGCUGUUAAAUAAGGUCAUGCAGCCAAUUUUUAAAUGGAUAUAUUGGUGUUUUUAACUUAAUGUGGUAUAAAAAUAAAUUGUUUUACAAAAUG